AUGGACUUUCCAAGUCCGAAUUCGACCAAAUUUUCAGACUCAUGGAACUGGAGAAGCUUAUUGAGGUUACGAGGUUUGGCAAGGGAGUUUGUCAGAUGUAAUGUGGGAAAUGGAAGGGAUUUGCAAGUACUCGAAAAUGCCAAAGUUCGAGAGGUUUGCGCUAGUGAUGGAUGGAUUAUAACCAACCCGAGAUCGGACAAGGCCCUAAACCUACAGAUUUAUCUAACUACCAUUCAAAUUCCUCAUGAUGAUCAAGGUAUGGACUCUUAUGACUGGGUGGUGCAGGAUCAUAUAUGUGAAGGCUUCUCUUCAUCUCGCACAUGGGCUAGCGUACGACCCAGAGCAGCCUUGGUAGAUUGGUUUCACACGGUUUGGUACAAGGGAGCAAUACCCAAGCAUGCGUUCAAUAUGUGGGUUACAAACCUUAACCGUCUUCCAACGAAAGUAAGGCUUGCUCACUGGGGACUGAAUAUCAAUACAACUUGUGAUCUAUGUUCUUCUCAGUUGGAAUCGAGGGAUCAUCUGAUGCUCCAUUGUGAUUAUGCCCUGGUCCUUUGGGAAGCAGUAAGAGUGAGAUUGAACCUCCCUCAAUUAUCCUUCACCUCUUGGUCGGACUUGAUCUUGUGGACAAGAACAAAGAACUGCAGGUCCCCACCAACACUUAGGAAACUGGUUACUCAAUCAGUCAUAUAUGCCAUAUGGAAACAGAGAAACAACCUUCAUCAUAAUCAAGCUCAAGUGCUACCAUAUGUACUCUUCAAAGGCAUCGAUCGGGAGAUAAGGAACGUGAUCAUUGCUAGGCGCCUAAACAAACGGUUUGAGAAACUAAUGAGUUGUUGGUUGUAAGGAAUCAUUCUUGACUGAGAUUUAUUGUUCUCAUGUUUUAUUUUUUUGCCAAGAAAACAAUUGAAAGGGUGGAAACACCACUAGUUUAUUUUAUAUGAUAUUUGCAGUUUAGCAAAAAAAAAAGAAAAAGAAAAAAAAGAA